AUGGGUUGGUUCUCUGACGACUCUCCUCACGCCGAUGCCUAUCAGCAGUACCAGAGCGAAGGCAUUCAGCCCCAACACGAGGCCUCCUUUGCCCACGAGCUGCUCGCCGGCGCUGCUUCCUUUGAGGCCGCCAAGGCCUACGAGGACCACGUUGCCCGCAACGGCCCCCCUCCCAACCACGCCAUGGCCAAGGAGCUCAUGGCCGGUUUCGCCGCCGCUUUCAUCGACCGCGAGGUCGAGACCCGGGGUAUGGACUUUGUUGACAAGGAGCGGGCCAAGCGCCAGGCUCGGGAGCACAUUGAGCGGGAAGACGAGAGCCGCUUCAACUACUAA